AAUAACACAUGCACUACCCCAACAGUAAACUGAGCCACGACCGUGACCUGCGUGAAGGAGUGUGGUGCACAGUCAUUUCAAUGCUAGGGAAGCACAAUGACCAAAUGGGCUGUCGCUAUAUACCGACUGGCUGUGUCUAUGCCGGCUCACCAUACACAUUGACUGUUUUGUGUGCAUGUGGAAUACACUGAGAUACUGAAAAGAUGGGGUAUACAAGCGACAUUGACCAUGGGUACGCCUGGGUGGCACUGAUGGCCACCUUCAGCAUCCAAUUCAUAAUUGGAGUCAUCUCGUACUCGACAGGGGUAAUAAAUAUUGCCAUAAUGGAAGAAGUGGAAGACGAUAUUACGAAAACUUCAUGGAUUGGUUCAACUCUUUUCGGGACAUACACUUUACUUGGUCCCAUUGCUGGAGUCGUUCAACAGAAGGUUGGUGCCAGGAUCACAGCUAUGGCAGGGGGCCUUCUGAUGCUUCUGGGAAUGUCUAUAGCCUCAUUCUGCCAAACUGUCAUUAGCCUCUUACUCACAUAUGGACUUAUCGCAGGUGUGGGGUUAGGGCUUGGUGCUAAUGUGAUCGGAGUUAUACCAGGGCAGUACUUCCGGAAACGAAGGCCUGCUGCUUAUGGAAUCUGUAUGGCAGGAUGUGGAGCUUGCUUGUUUGUGGGGGUCCACUCAGUCAAUACCUUCUCCACUACUAUAAACUUCACGGAACACUAUUGAUAAUGGGCGGCAUUGGUUUCAAUAUGUGUGUGGCUGGUGCAUUAUUGAGACCAGUGAAUCCAAUUGGAACAUGCCGAUUAGAAGACGUGGAAGAGCUGGAAACACAAAAAUGCAUAGUCCUGAAGACCUCUGAAAAUGAUGACCAAAUGGCAACCUCCCAGAUUGACGAAAGGUCGUUUUGUUUGGUAAAAGAUGUUCAAAUGAGGGAUAUGGAGGCGAUUGAGUGUUCUCAAGAACAACCAAACGUUACAACACAAUUAGAUGAAAUGGAUUCCAUAAAUGAAACUAAACACGUUCAGAGAUUGAUAUGUUACAAUUGGUCUCGGUUUUGUAAAAGAUUUCACAUAUUUAGACACUUUCCCUUUUGGAUGUAUAGCUUGAGCAUUAUGCUAUGGAGUUUAGGUGAAGCUGCCUGGAUAUUCCAUCUGCCUAACUACGCUGAACAGAAAGGGCGCUCUCCAGCGGAGGCUGCAAGUCUCCUGACUGCUAUGGGAGCAGGGAGCAUGUUUUCACGGGUAUUUGCAGGAAUAGCAGCCUCAGACUCCAACAUAGAUGCCGUGGUGCUACAAAUGGGACUAUCGGGUUUGGCAGGAAUAAUAUCUUUCUUGUUUACUGUUGGCCCUUUUACAUACGGUUCACUACUUGCUCGUAGCUACUUUUAUGGGACAUACAGUCAAGGCAUCAAUUCUCUCAUCGGACCAAUCAUCAUAAAUCUGCUUGGUUUGCCCCACGUUGCUGUUGCAUAUGGAAUCUUGUGUUUCUUCUGCGGGCUUGGUCAUUUAUUAGGACCUCCUAUAGCAAGCACAUUGUACAAAAGAAGUGGAAUAUACGAGUACACAUAUGUUUUUGCAGGAGCAUGCUUGAUCCUUGGCUCGAUAUCAACUGCAUUAACAAAUAUACGUAGAUUGAAAAAAUCUAUGCAAUAUAAAUAGAAAGGGGGUGGGGUAAGAGAUGGGUGUCGUGAUAGAUGUCGGGAGGGUAUUCGGGUGCCGCGGUAGGUGUCUGGGUGAGGGUCGGGAUCAGAUCAAUAGAGAACUUUCACAAACGAUCCCCAACUGAUGUAACUACUCAAACUCAUGGUCUCUGGACAGUGAGUGAGUGAGUGAGUGAGUGAGUGAGUUUUUACGCCGCUUUUAGCAAAUUUGAUAUUCCAGCAAUAUCACGGCGGGGGACACCAGAAAUGAGCUUCACACAUUGUACCCAUGUCGGGAAUCGAACCCGGGUCUUCGGCGUGACGAGCGAACGCUUUAACCACUAGGCUAUCCCACCGCCCUCUCUGGACAGUGAAAGCAGUGAUCGACAAGACUAAACUCGCCUAUGUCGGUAGACUCUGUAGAUGUAAAGCAGAUUAUUUUGUUAAAACCCUAUUUUCCAUUAGACUAGGACAGUACCUAAACAAAUGUGUUUCAGAUACAUCUGUCCAUGAUCUACUAGGCAUUACAAAGAAGUACCAGCUCUUCCAUUUCAUAGAAACGUAUCUCACUGAAGUGCAUUUCCCACCGAAGACAACAUGGAAAGGAAUCGUUAAUAACACGGUAGCUCGACUUGAAAGACAGAAAUGGAUAGAAAAGGUGUCUACUCGCCAAGAUCUGAAACGUUUCCAUAUGAUACAUGAAGGACUGGCUCCACACAGAUUGUGGAAUAUGUGUGACCUUUACAACAUGAAUAGCAGGAGCCAAUAUAUGCCCUAGUUAAACUAGGUAUUUUACCCAUAACAACUGGCAUAUAUAUGAUGUUUGAACAGGAAUGUAACGAUGUUGUACUGCACCAGUUAAUAAACUGUGACAGUCUGGUGCAAGAAGGACAUAACCUUUAUGAGAAACUGUUUGAUUUACUGUGCUGUAACCAAUAUCUUAAAAUAGAAGAUUGUACAGACAACGAAGUGAGAGUUGUGACACUACCUGGUGGCAUUACGCAUCUUGUAUCAUCUUCAGAUGACACUCGAUACAUGGGCAGGAAUAAGCUCAGGGCAGCUGACGUCUAUUCUCUAUUUGUAACCUGACUAUAUACAUAUCUGUUAUCGUGCAUGUGCAUACUGAUUAAUUAAUUUCCAUGUU